AUCGCCAUAACUGCAUCCACAGUUCCCAGUGCUGACUGUUACCAUAAUAACAACAGAGGGAACGCACAUUUGUUCUACGACAACAAAGACGAACGCAGACAUUUGGACGAGAGAAGCACUUUGUUUAAAGUCCAUUUCCUUCAGCCAACGUGACGAGGCUGUUCUGACCCAGUGAUAGGCAAAAUGGGACGGAUCUUCCUGGAUCACAUUGGUGGGACUCGCCUCUUCUCUUGUGCCAACUGCGACACCAUACUGACUAACCGAGCUGAACUCAUCUCCACACGUUUCACUGGAGCCACCGGCCGCGCUUUCCUGUUCAACAAGGUUGUGAAUCUGCAGCACAGCGAGGUGCAAGACAGAGUCAUGCUGACAGGAAGACACAUGGUGCGGGACGUGAGCUGCAAGAACUGCAACAGUAAGCUGGGCUGGAUGUACGAGUUUGCCACUGAGGAAAGUCAGCGCUACAAGGAGGGCCGAGUCAUCCUGGAGAGGGCGUUGGUGAGAGAAAGCGAAGGUUUUGAGCAUGUUCCCUCUGAUAACUCCUGAGGUCACCUCUGUUACUGCUGCAAUGCUCAAUCCAUGUACUACAGCUUCCCCUCCAGCAGCAGUGCAUGGACCUACAUGGACAGUGUUCCAUUUGUGUGUAGAGCUACACCAAAAAAAAAAACAACCCAGACUUGGCGUUUGUGGGAUGCUAACAACAGCAGCACCAGGCAUUUUCCCAUGGCUUUAAACAUCUGGGAGAAGAGGAGAAACAUCGUUGCUUUUCUACCCAUUUAAAAUCGCCUACAGUUUCAGUGUGUGUCCAGCAGGCUGUAGUGUUGCAUAGGUGGGGGUGGGAUGUUGACCCAGAUGAAAAUGAUCUGCUCCUGCAGCCCUACAAGAGGCUCUGACAGAUAGACAGCUUGUUUUGUAGGGAUUCAAGGAGUGAUUCAAAACAGAAGACUGAAUCGGUUGAGACUAUUGGUGUUGAAGUGAAGUUAAAUCCACUUUUAGAUUAAGUCGUUAGGUGUUUGCUACAAAAAAAUAAUUUUCUAGCAAAUGGGCAAGCUGAUGCUUUGCUGGAAAUUGUUUAGUCAUCAAAUACACUACCAUUCGAAAGUUUGGGGUCACCCAGACAAUUUCAUGUUUUCCAUGAAAACUCACACUUUUAUUCAUGUACUAACAUAAUUGUACAAAGGUUUUCUAAUCAUCAGUUAGCCUUUUAACACCAUUAGCUAACACAAUGUAGCAUUAGAACACAGGAGUGAUGGUUGCUGGAAAUGGGCCUCUGUAUCCCUAUGGAGAUAUUCCAUUAAAAAUCAACCGUUUCCAGCUAGAAUAGCCAUUUACCACAUUAACAACAUCUAGACUGUAUUUCUGAUUCAUUUAAUGUUAUCUUCAUUGAAAAAAAAUGCUUUUCUUUCAAAAAUAAGUGACCCUGAACUUUUGAACAGUAGUGUAAGUAUUAUAUUACUUUUUUAAUGGCAGAGUAUUCCAUAUGAUAAUAGAUGAAAAUUAUAUUAUUCCAUAUUUUUGUUAAUUUUACUGAACUAGGUGUCACUUUUGCAAUAUAAAAAUUUCAGCGUCUUCAUUUUAUCCUAGAAUUAAUGAUGAUUUAUCUCAAGCCAGAUUUUGUCUUUUCAAUAUACACAAUUCAAUAAAAUACAUUUCACUCAA